AUGACUUGGGCUACACCGUUUCAGCUCGGCGACAGCGAGGACACUCGACAGUAUGUCUUCAUCGUAGCUCUUGCUGCUCUGUGCCUGACGUUUCUUCUCCCAUGGGCCACAGCAGGGCGGGGUAAACUACCCCCAGGCCCCAAAGGGUUGCCUCUGAUCGGGAACCUGCACCAAUUCCCCAAAGUGGACUUGCGCAUCACGUUCGCCAAAUGGCACAAACAAUACGGCCCGCUUGUAGGCAUCCGACUCGGACCAGGAAAGACACUCAUCAUCAUCGGCAACCAUUCGGUCGCAAAAGAGUUAUUCGGUUCGCGGGGCCAAACAUACAGCUCCCGACCGCGCAUGGUGAUGGCGAGCGAGUGUAUGAGCAAAAGCAUGCAGACGUCUCUGCUUUCAUAUGGUCCUCAGUGGAAAACACACAAUAAGAUCCAGCUAUCGCUGAUCGGCUCCCGCAAGGUCCGACUGUAUGAAGAGAUUAUGCGGCACGCGACUAUCCGGGUUCUCCGGGAGCUCGAGCAAAACAAGGAUCAUGCCAAGACGUUCAAUCGGUAUCUGUUUAGUAUUAUCUUUGGACUAGCUUACGGACUCCGGCUGGAGGAUUGUGAAGCGGAGUUCGAGGAGAUACUGAGUAUUGCAGACUCGUUCACGGAAGCCUUGGUCGGUGGACAAUGGGCCGUUGACGUCUUCCCUGUGCUGAACCACCUACCCAGCUGUGUUGCUCCGUGGAAGAGAGUCGGCGAGAAGUUCUACACGCGUAUGAGGGCAUGGUUGGAAAAUAAUACGCAAGCCGCGCUGGCGAGCAACUCGUGGAACUGGACCAAGGAAGUCCAUACCCCCGAGAACCUGCGGCAACUUGGUCCGCACGAGCUCCAACAUGUACUCGGUGUGCUCUUCGAAGCUGGCGUCGACUCUGUCGCAACAGUCCUCGAAUUCUUCGUCGCCACCUGCGGCUCACACCCACACGUCGUGGUGAGAGCACAGGCAGAAAUCGACGAGGUCGUCGGCGCCGAGAGACUCCCGUCGCUAGAUGACAUCAAAAAUUUACCGUACGUGUCAGCCGUGAUAGACGAGAUUCUCCGCUGGCGGCCAAUCGGGCCCGAGGGGCUACCCCAUCAGACAAUGCAGGACGAUCUGUAUAGAGGCUACCACAUUCCGAAGGGGGCCACUGUUAUCUUCAGUCACUGGGCAGCGCAGAUGGAGGAGGAAACAUGGACGGAUCCGCUCCUUUUCCGGCCGGAACGAUGGCUUGAAACUAACGCCAACAAGCCGCAUACAAGCCCCUUUGGAUACGGUCGACGAGCGUGCCCGGGGAAUCAGUUUGCGCGCAUGGCGCUUGACCUGAUCAUCCCUCGUCUUCUGUGGGCUUUUGAAUUUGACGUUUGGCGGGGGGAGAACGAGAAUGACUCUUUUGAUCCCUGGGAGAUGAUGCAGGGGUCUGCCCUCCUUAAGCCGGCGCCCUUUUCAGCAACAUUCAAGCCGCGGAGCGCGCAGCGGAAGCCGGUUCUGGACGAAAGUUACAACGAGGCAACGGCAUUUGAUCUGGACGAGAUGCUUAAUGAAUUAGGGAAGGCUUUUGCAUAG